CUUGUUACAUUACCAGUCAACACAAUCUUUUUAGAAAUUGGCCAUAGAAUCCUUUCUGGCACUUAGUACAUAAUCGGUAAUAUGUUGCUGAGAAAAUGAAGAAAUUAAUGAAGGAAAACACAUCACCUACCUAAACAUGGUGCUUUGCUAAAUUAAUUAAAAAUCAAUUGGUAAUGAAAUUCUCUAAUGAUUUGUCUUAAUAACACCAAAAUUUCUAUUUGAUGGUAUCCAAGAGUAAUGGAGAGUUGAAGGUUUAUUUGUUGUUUCUUUCAGAUUGAAGACAUUCAAACUAUGCAGAUCAACCAGACAAUAGUGAAAGAAUUCACCCUCAUUGGUUUUUCUCUUUACCCAGAUGCACAGAUAUUAUUAUUUGUGGUCUUCUUUUGCCUUUACCUUCUCACCCUCAUGGGUAAUCUGACCAUCAUGAGCCUAACCUGGGUGGACAGAGCCCUCCACACCCCUAUGUACAUCUUCCUGAGUGCACUCUCCUUUUCUGAGACUUGCUACACAUUGAGCAUCAUCCCCAAAAUGCUGGCAGAUUUAUUGGCCAAGAACAGAAACAUCUCGGUCAUAGGUUGUGGCAUACAGAUGUAUUUCUUCUUAGGACUUGGGGGCACUAACUGCAUCAUACUCACUGUAAUGGGGUAUGAUCGCUUUCUGGCCAUCUGCAACCCUCUCAGGUAUCCACUGCUUAUGACCCACAUCCUAUGUGGGGAACUUGUGGCCUCUGCUUGGGCUGGAGGCUUCUUUGUAUCUCUGAUAGAGACAGCAUUGAUAUUCAGAGACUUUUUCUGCAGUCCCAACCUUGUCAAACACUUCUUCUGCCAUAUGCGUGCAGUGGUGAGAUUGUCCUGCUUAGACAGCAACCUCACAGAAUUUGUGGUAACAUUGAUCUCAGUAUUGGGUUUGCUGGGUACUUUCCUAUUCAUUACCCUCACUUAUGUCUUCAUACUUUCCACUGUCCUAAGGAUCCCUUCAGCUGAGGGCAAGCAGAAGGCAUUUUCCACCUGUGUCUCCCACCUCACAGUGGUGAUAAUCCAUUUUGGUUUUGCAUCUAUUGUUUACUUGAAGCCAGAAGGUUCAUGGGGAGAUGACACACUCAUAGCUGUCCCUUACACUGUUAUUACUCCUUUCCUCGGCCCCCUCAUUUUCAGCCUCAGGAAUAAGGACAUGAAGAAUGCUUUUAGAAAGGUGGUGGGAAAGAUACUCCCUGGCUGGGAUGCUGCUCUCCCCGCUCCAAGAGCCGUCACUUCCUCUCGGGGACUUCUCCCUCCGGUGUACCGCUCCGUUUGCGCGAACUUGGUGGGCAUCACCCUCACGAACAGCUGGGCCCGCCCCUGGGUUCUAUUCAGGGGAACGCGCUCACGCCCCGCCCGCGCUCGCCAAAAUCCCAGCGGGAAGGCUCCCCGGCUGGGACCCUGCUCUCCCUGCUCCGAGACCAGUCACUUCCUCCCAGGGACUUCUCCCUCCGGUGCGCCGCUCUGCUUGAGUGAACUGGGUGGGCGUCACCUGCACGAACGGCUGGGCCCGCCCCUGGGUUCUAUUCAGGGGAACGCGCUCACGCCCCGCCCGCGCUCGCCAAAAUCCCAGCGGGACACCUCCCCGGCUGGGACCCUGCUCUCCCCGCUCCGAGACCAGUCACUUCCUCCCGGGGACUUCUCCCUCCGGUGCGCCGCACCGCUCUCGCGAACUGUGUGGGCGUCACCCGCACGAACGGCUGGGCCCGUCCUGGGGUCGCUUUAG